AUGAAGCAAGCAUUUGUUGUCUUAGGAAAAGGCCAGAAAAGCCCACACGAAGAAGCUUGUAUAGUGAUAAAGCCUGGCGUGGACCGUAAUGGUCAGUGGGCUUCAGAAGAUCUUGUUGAACAGCAAGCAUUUGUUGUCUUAGGAAAAGGCCAGAAAAGCCCACACGAAGAAGCUUGUAUAGUGAUAAAGCCUGGCGUGGACCGUAAUGGUCAGUGGGCUUCAGAAGAUCUUGUUGAACAGCUGCCAAAAUUUUUGCAUAUCCCUUCACCCAUUUGUAAAGAAAUAUCAAUUAAAUUGAUACCAACCAGUAAAACUUCAAACGGGCCAAGAAAUAAAAGAAAUAAUAGGUUUGAGUUUUCGAAUUGA